AUGGGAUCUAGCCUGAAAGCCCCGCAGAUCGAUGCCUCCAACUAUUGGGCCUCCUACCUCGCCGGGUCGGAACCUUGCCAGUUCCCUCGUCUUGGUACCAGUGUUGAUGGACCUAAACGGCCUAUGUCACUCAGAGUGCAUUCGGAACACGUGCAAAGGCUGCAGCAGCUGUCUGCAUCUGAUGGAGCAGCUUUAUCAAGCCUACUACGCGUCGCAUGGGGUCUUCUCCUGCGGUGCUACACUGGCUUGGAUGAUGUCUGUUUUGGCUAUCAAGAGACUAGACUAGGUAGCGUGGGCGACGGGCACCCACGAAUAUCUGGACCGCUCAAUGGCAUGCCUGUUGCACGUUUGACGGUGGAUGACAUGGUGUCCGUUGUUGACACGCUGGAGAAGGCGAAAGGUGAGUAUAUUUCAGGUAUCCCCUAUCAAAGUUAUGUACCUUCUGGUACCACCGAAGAUUCUCCGUUCUAUGGGCGCCAGCUCUUCGAUACCGCUGUGGUGCUCCGGAGUCCGCCUAACACUGCAGCCUCUAACAAAACCGUUGUUACGUCUCAACCGCUGAACGUAAUACUCCCCAAAGAGUAUAAGAUACGCCUGCUCAUCAAAUGUUUCAAUGGCAAUCUUACCAUGUUUCUGGAAUGGUGGAGCUGUGACAUGCCUAUGGAGCAAGCUAAGAACGUUGCUAGCACAUUUGAUACGAUUCUCAGUACCAUCCUGCUUCGACCUGAAACCGCUAUUGGGAAGUUGGACUUCUUCAGUGAGCGCAAUAAGCAGCAGGUACUCCAAUGGAACAGCAAACCGCUAGAGAAGGUUGAAGGAUGCGUCCACGAGGUCAUUCAAGAACAAGCCCUGAGCAGGCCGGACUCCGAGGCUGUUUGUUCAUGGGAUGGCAGCUUCACCUACAAGGAGCUUGAUGAGGUUGCUUCCCGGUUGGCUGGCCGCCUAGUUGAGCUCGGAGUAGGUCCAGAAGUUCGCGUGCCACUUUGUUUUGAAAAAUCGAAAUGGACCGUUGUGGCUAUGCUGUCUGUCAUGAAAGCUGGUGGAGCUUUCGUUCCUCUAGACCUGUCCCAUCCAAUACCACGUUUGCAAGCUUUGACUCGCUCUGUUGAUGCCAGGCUUCUACUUUGCUCACGUCCUCAUGUUGGGCUGCUUGCCACGGUUUCCGAAACUGUACUUCCGAUUGCUGACGAACUUGUCAACCAAUUGCCUAUUAGACAAAGCAAACAAAUAGGCCAAGUCAAGAGUAACAAUGCCGCUUAUGUGAUAUUUACCUCUGGAUCUACUGGAGAGCCAAAGGGCACAGUAAUUGAGCAUGGGGCGUAUUGUUCUGGCGCCAAGGCUCAUGCACCUGGGCUUCGCAUCGACGAGACAUGUCGUGUACUGCAGUUCGCGGCGCACACCUUCGAUGCGAGCCUUGUGGAGAUACUUACGUCGCUUAUGCACGGUGCGUGCGUUUGCAUUCCCAGCGAAGACGCUCGCCUAAACAACAUCGUGGGCGCGAUCAAUGAAAUGCGGGUGAAUCAUGCCGUUCUCACACCUUCAUUUAUUGGCUUUAUGGAACCGGCAGCCGUUCCGAAUUUGAAGACCUUGGUUCUGGCUGGAGAAGCCAUGUCACAAGCUCAUGUGAUGGCGUGGUCUAAAAUCAACCUGGUCAACGGUUACGGACCAACCGAGGCUUGUGUCUCAGCAGUGACAAACUCUCGCGUCACUCUAGAGACUGACUGCAAGGAUAUCGGCUUCCCAGCGGGGGUACACUGCUGGGUCGUAGAUCCUUCUGAUCACAACCGUCUUGUCCCGGUGGGCUGCAUUGGAGAACUCCUUCUUGAAGGACCCACCCUUGCCAGGUGCUACUUAAACAAUCCAGAGAAGACCUCUGAUGCUUUCAUCUUCAACCCUCCUUGGAGUCAUGAUGAAGCGGGAGUUACUUCAGACCGCCGUUUCUAUAAAACUGGAGAUUUGGUUCGAUACACGUCGGAGCAGGGCUCUUUGAGCUAUGUGGGACGGAAAGAUACCCAGGUCAAGUUUCACGGUCAGCGAAUUGAGCUCAGCGAGAUCGAGCAUCAUCUCAAUUCCGAUCCCAGCACCAAGCAUGGUCUGGUUCUCUUACCCAAAACGGGUCACUACAAGCAACGUCUUGUAGCAAUCCUGUCCCUAUCAGACACUAUGUCUCCCAUUGCUGUGCAAAACGAAACAGCAUUGAAGACCAUAGACGGACCGGUGAAGGACUCCUGUAUUGCAGGAAUCCGCGAAGGCAUGUCCAGCCGUUUGCCAUCUUAUAUGGUUCCCUCCACAUGGCUUUGCGUAGAGGCUGUUCCGAUGCUGACGUCUGGUAAGCUGGACCGCAAAUCUGUCAUGAGGUGGUUAGAAAAUAUGCGCUCGGACCUUGGCCAGGACUUGGUGUCGGAAGGGGAGUCAACACAACCAGCAACGGAAACCGAAAACCAACUCAGGGUGAUCUGGAGCCAUGUACUCAAUUUACCUCUCACCAAAAUUGGGCUGGAUCACAGCUUCUUAAGUCUGGGAGGUGAUUCGAUUACUGCGAUGACAUGUAUGAGCCAAGCCAAGAAGAAGGGUAUUGGUCUUACAGUUCAGGAUAUUCUCCGCAGCAAGUCUCUUCAACAAUUGGCGACUUGCACGAAACCUGUCAAUAAUCAUAUCGACCACCACGAAGCUCUUGACACACCCUUUGAGCUCUCUCCCAUACAGCAACUCCACUUCCAAGUUCGAGCGGAAGGCAAAGGGCAUUUCAACCAGAGCUUCCUUCUCCGACUUACACGCGAGACAUUGGAGAAAGAUUUACAACACGCCAUUGAGACGCUUGUUGCGCGCCAUUCCAUGUUACGAGCCCGUUUCAGCCAAAACAUGGCUAACGGCAGAUGGAAACAGCGUGUCACGCGGGGAGUAGCCUCUUCAUACCGCUUCCGCGCACAUAGAAUCGAUACCAAGGAACAACUCAAACCCGUUAUUGCUGAUAGUCAAGCGUGUCUCGAUGCAAUCCACGGCCCACUUCUUGCAGUAGAUUUGUUCGACAUCAACGGGCAAGAACAGCUUGUUUCAUUGAUCGGAAGCCACCUGGUGAUUGAUUUGGUGUCUUACCGAGUUAUCCUCGAAGAUUUGGAAGAGAUUUUACUUGACCCCACAGCAGCCACAUCAGCGACCGGGAGAUCUUUACCCUUCCAAAGCUGGUGCCGUUUGCAAACCGAGCAGUGCCAGAGCCUUUCAACAAAGAAAGUCCUACCAAUAGAAAAUGUGCCUGGCGCGAACCUUGCGUACUGGGGCAUGGAAGGUAAAUCAAACACAUAUGGUGAUGUGGCUUGUGAAGGCUUCGAGGUCGAUGCGGUACUCACCUCAACUAUACUUACGGCGAGUCACGACAGUCUUCGAACAGAAGUCAUAGACAUUCUGCUCUCUGCACUCCUGCAUUCGUUUGGGCAAAUCUUCACUGAUCGUUGUGUUCCCACUGUGUACAACGAAGGGCAUGGUCGGGAGCCAUUCGAUUCAACCAUUGAUAUUACAAGGACUGUUGGCUGGUUCACUGUGGUUUAUCCAGUCUUUGUGCCCAUUUCAGCCUCAGAUGAGCUUGUUGAGACUGUUAAACGAAUCAAGGAUCUCCGGCGUCGCAUCCCUGACAACGGAAGGCCAUACUUUGCCUGCCGCUUUUUAUCCAGCCACGGAAGAGAACAGUUCGCCCACCAUUACCCAAUGGAGAUCAACUUCAACUAUCUUGGCCAAUACCAGCAACUGGAGAGAGAUGGGGCCCUCCUUCAACCUUUUGAAGCCAUGGCUGGAGAGGCGCACGUCGGUGGAGGCACGGCAGACUUUGCGUACAACACCCCCCGCUUCGGCCUCUUUGAGAUCUCUGCUGUGAUUGCUCAAGGAAAGCUCCGGUUCUCUUUCACAUUCAACCGCUACAUGAGACACCAAGACAAGAUCCGGAAGUGGAUUUCUCACUGUCAACAAACGUUGUCCGAGGCAGCAAAUCAACUGGCCAAUAUGAAACCUCAAGCAACGUUGAGUGACUUUCCAUUGCUAUCGCUCGACUAUGGUAGCCUUAGGACCAUGGAGAGAGAAAGACUGUCCCAAAUAGGAGUUUCCUCCUUCACAGCCAUUGAAGACGCAUAUCCUUGCUCGCCUAUGCAACAAGGGCUCUUGCUUAGUCGGACAAAAGAUGCCUCAUACUACGCAGUCCAUGGCACUUACGAGGUGGAAGCGCGGAUGCAGGGUAAUGUGGAUGUGGAGCGGCUUGCGGACGCGUGGAGGAAAGUGGUCAGCCGACACGCUGCUCUUCGCACAGUUUUUGUAGAGAGUUUAAGCAGCGAAGGUCUUUACGAUCAAGUUGUCCUGAAGAGCGUCUCCAUCGAUACCACUUGCUUACGCUGCGACGCAGAGCGAGACGUUCUUACAACGCUCGACAAGCAAACGCCAAUGGCGUAUGACGACGGAAGACUGCCUCAUCGGUUCUCAAUUUGCCAAACCUCCACGGGCCGAGUUUUCUAUAGACUGGAACUCAGUCAUACAAUCAUGGAUGGUGCAUCGAUAUCUAUCAUACACCGUGAGCUUGGAUUAGCAUAUGCUGGUCAAAUGCCUGAUAUCCAGGCGUGUCCCUACAGCAGCUUUAUUUCUUACCUGCAAAAUCAGCCUCAUGAAGCCGCAAUCAACUACUGGAAGUCAUACCUGGCGAACCUAGAGCCUUGCCACUUUCCGGUUCUCAAUGAUGGCGUUACCGUACAGAAGCAGCUCCGCUCACUUAAGCUCCAUUUCGGAGAGCUUGCCCAGCUGCAAAGCUUCUGCGAUUCCAACGGAUUGACUCUAUCUAACGCAUUUCAUACAGCGUGGAGUCUUACAGUCCGCUACUACAGUGGCUCAGAAGACGCUUGUUUCGGAUACUUGACGUCUGGACGAGAUGCUCCUAUUCCAGGAGUAGAAGAAGCAGUCGGACCUUUCAUAAAUAUGCUGGUCUGUCGCAUCAACAUGCUUGGGAGCACUCCUUUGGGUCAAAUCCUAUGCCAGGUCCAGCAGGACUACAUGGAUAGUUUGCCGUAUCGACAUACUUCUCUCGCAGAAGUGCAGCAUGAACUGAAAUUGUCCGGUACGGCUCUCUUCAAUACGUGCUUAUCUUAUCGGAAGCUUCCGUCUUUUGAAAGCACCGAAGAUAUUCCUAUCACUUUUUCGGAACACGCUCCUAUACAUGACCCGACCGAAUAUCCAGUCUCGAUCAACGUAGAGGUUUCGGAUCGGGAGGCAGCUAUCGACCUAGACUACUGGACGGAUGCCCUCUCGGAAGGCCAAGCGGCCAACGUGUCCAGCACAUUCAUUCAAGCACUGCGAAAUAUCAUCUAUCAUUCGGAACUGAGUAUUCGAGAUCUGGAUCCUCUCAGUGAUCUUAGUAAGGAUCAGAUAUGGGCUUGGAAUCGUGUAUUACCCGAGAAUAUUAACGACUGCGUCCACCAGGUGAUUGAAAGGCAAGUAAAGGCAAGACCUGAAGCAGAAGCGAUCUGUGCUUGGGAUGGGAAAUUCAACUAUGCACAGCUGGAUGAGCUGUCAGGGCGCCUGGCAACCUAUCUAAUGAGCCUUGGAAUCGGUCCCGAGACCUUUGUUCCAAUCUGCUUCGACAAAUCAGCAUGGACUAUCAUCGCCAUGCUAGCUGUGUUGAAGGCCGGUGGCGGUUGCGUUCCCCUUGAGGCGACGCAUCCAAAGACCGCACUUGAAACUCGCGUCGUAAGCGCUGAAGCCCAGGUUGUGCUCGCAUCUCCGGAGCGCGCCCAAAUCUUUGAGGAUAUAGUCCCUUAUGUCAUCUCCGUCAGCCCUUCUUUACUAGACCAGCUCCCAAAAAAAGACUCCGGCUCCUGCAUGACCGUGCAACCAAGCAACCCAUCUUUCGUUAUCUUCACCUCAGGAAGUACGGGACAACCGAAAGGCGUUGUCCUUGAGCAUCGUGCGAUGGUUACCAGUGCCGAAGCACAUGGAUCAGCCUUAGGAGUAGGGCCACAAACAAGGUUUCUUCAGUUUGCCGCAUAUACAUUUGAUAACAGCCUCGAGGAGAUGUUCACCACUCUGAUGCGUGGCGGGUGUGUGUGUGUUCCAUCAGACCAUGACCGCUUCAACAAUCUUGCAGGAGCGAUCAACGAACUCAAUGCCAAUUUUAUGGACCUUACACCAACUGUGGCUACAUUCCUGCAGCCAUCCGACGUCCCAACAAUCAAAGAAAUUGCGCUUGGGGGUGAGGCUUUGACAAAGAAGGCUGUGGAAAUAUGGGGAAAGUCAAUUCCUGUUCACAAUCAGUAUGGCCCGUCCGAAUGCUCAAUCAACUCGACACACAACGGAAACGCCGGCACCUUGGAAGAUGUCUCCAAUAUCGGCCGCAGUGUGGGAAGCAUCUCCUGGGUGGUCGAUGCUUCUGAUCACAACCGCCUCGUUCCUGUGGGCUGCAUAGGGGAGCUAUUGAUAGAGGGCCCUAUUCUAGCGCGUGGAUAUCUGAACGACAAAGAGAAGACAGCUAAAGCCUUCAUCGAGAAUCCCACUUGGGUUUUCGAUGAUCCAAACGGCUCUAGCCAUUCCCCAAGAAGAAUGUAUAAGACUGGUGAUCUGGUUCGCUACAAUUCCGAUGGAAGUUUGUGCUACUUUGGACGCAAAGACACCCAAAUCAAGCUUAACGGCCAGCGUAUUGAGCUUGGGGAAGUCGAACACCAUGUCAAAAUCAAUCUGCCGGACAAAACCCAGUCAGCUGUUGAACUCAUCACUAGAAGCCACAACGGAAUAUCAAUCAAGGCGCUCGCUGCAUUCUUGUACCUCCCAUCAGAUAAUUCAGUCCCUACGGCCGGCCAGGAAGUCUCUGUCCUGCCUAUGUCACCGGAGUUGCAGUCCACCGUGAAGACCAUGGAGGCUGCCAUUUCAGACUCAGUCCCAAGCUACAUGGUACCGAGCAUGUUUAUCCCGGUCUCGCGCAUGCCUUUGGUGUCUUCUGGAAAGCUGGACCGGCGCACUCUUCGGACGAUGGCAGAAUCGCUUUCUGAGGAGCAGGCUGCCACAUUCCGCCUUGGUGGAAAGAGCGGGCGAGCACCAUCAACUAAAUUGGAGAAGGAACUUCAACAGCUCUUUGCAGCCGUAUUAACUGUCGAUGCGAACUCUAUUGGAGCAGAUGACAGCUUUUUCCGCCACGGUGGAGAUUCCAUCGGAGCAAUGCGACUUGUCACUGCUGCGCAUUCGAGGGGUAUCCAUCUGACAGUAGCAAGCAUCUUUCAGACCCCGAAACUCUCCGACCUGGCAGAUAGAGCCUCAAUCGUUGCUCGCCCUUCUCCGGUCACCCUGCCGGAUCUUCGGCCAUAUUCUCUAUUGAGCAAUGCAACUUCCGUCGACGAUUUGAGAGAUGAAGUAGCCUCACUGUGUCAGGUGGUUGUUGGCUCUGUGCAGGAUAUCUACCCUUGCACCCCCGUUCAAGAAGGCCUCAUCGCAUUAUCCAAUAAACAGCCGGGAGCUUACGUGGCGCAAAGCACUUACCGACUACCAAUAGACAUAGAUAUCGCGAGAUUUCGAAAAGCUUGGCAAGAGGUUGCUGAUACGGAAGUCGUUCUUCGCACCCGAAUCGUGUUUACGAAGGCUCUCGGCUUCCUUCAAGUAGUCAUCCGAGACCCAAUCACUUGGGACUCAGCUGGAAGCGUUGAGGAGGUUGACCGCCAUCUACCUCCGCAUGAUGGCGGUAUUCUCUGUCGAUAUACCAUUGUCGGUGAAGGCACGCCUGCGCCACAUUUUGUCUGGACGGCGCACCACGCUCUCUAUGACGGCUGGAGUCUGCCGAUUCUUCUUAGCAGGGUGGAGGCUCGCUACCGGAAUCCUCACCUACCGAUCCAAGAGUCCGUUUCCUAUUAUCCCAGAUUCAUAGAAUAUCUCUGUGGCGUCAACCGCGCUGAGUCGAAUGAGUUCUGGCAGUCUCGGUUGGCUGAUUCAACUUCGCCACAAUUCCCUCAGCUUCCCCAUCCAGCCUAUCAAGUCCAAGCUACGAGUCACCUCACACACACUGCGCAUCUUUCGAAGCCUGCAGGAAUAGAGCUCACAAUCCCAUCAAUUGUACGUUCUGCUUGGGCAUUGGUAGUUGGCAUAUAUUCAGGCUCGGACGAUGUGACUUUUGGUGAGAUUCUGACUGGUCGUGACGCUCCUGUAGCUGGGAUCGAAGAUAUGAUCGGACCUACGCUGGCUACGGUGCCUACCAGGGCUCGCAUCGACCGCGAACUCAGCGUCGGUAAGUUUCUAGCAGACAUACAGCAGCAGUUUAGCGCAGCGAUGCCGUAUCAGUUUGCUGGUCUACAGUAUAUCAAACGCCUGAGCACUGAGGCAGGAAUUGCCUGCGAAUUUCAGAAUCUGCUCGCCAUUGUUCAUGCCAAUGACGAAUCAGAUAACAAUUUCUGGAACAUGGUCAGCAGUGGUACGAUCGGUACGAACUUCUACAACUAUCCUCUGACUAUCUCUUGCACGGUAAGUAACGGUAAAGUGGAUAUCGAUGCCCACUACGACCAGAAAGUUAUUCCCACGUGGCAGGUAUCAAGACUUUUACAUCAAUUUGAAACCUGUCUUUCUCGUCUCGUGUCAACGGAGCAUAGUCAAGAAAAGAUUGGCGAGAUGGAGCUGCUGAGCUCGCAAGACCAAGCAACCAUUACGAUGUGGAACGAGGAGCAACUCGAGUAUGUGGACAAGUGCAUUCAUGAUGUCAUCCAAGAACAGACAAUAUCGCAACCAGACGCGAUGGCCGUAUGCUCGUGGGAUGCCACGUUUACUUUCCAGCAACUCGAUCGGUUGGCAAGUUCGUUAGCACAUCACCUGGCAGAUAUGGGUAUCGGUACAUGUCCAGCAGCUUUUGUUCCGCUUUGCUUCGAGAAGUCGGCCUUCACCAUUAUUGCAAUGCUUGCUGUGCUCAAAGCUGGCGCUGCAUUUGUUCCCAUCGAUCCAGCGCACCCCAUUACACGUCUUCAGGAGAUUGUUAGCGAUCUUGGUGCCAGCCUUGUACUUUGCUCUCCUCGUUAUCAGGAUAUUUGUGAGGCAAUUGCGGCUCAAACGCUCUCUAUCGAUGAGGAGACACUCAAGCAGCUCCCAGUCCACCAAGAUGGGCCGCCUUCUUAUGAAGCCAACAGUGCUGCGUAUGUCAUUUUUACGUCAGGAACCACGGGAAAGCCGAAGGGGACCCUUGUUGAGCACUCGGCUUUUUGCUCCGGGGCUGUUGCACAUGGCUCUGCCAUGUCAAUCAAACCAACAUCGCGCGUCUUGCAGUUCGCCUCAUAUACUUUUGACGCUUGCCUGUUCGAAAUCUUGACAACUCUAAUGGUAGGCGGUUGUGUCUGCGUCCCAAACGAGUUCGAUCGAAUGAACAACAUCACUACUGUCAUUAACCAGAUGAAAGUUGAUGUCGCUCUUCUGACGCCUUCUUUUGCCCAAUUGAUCCAGCCUUCGGAUGUUCCUCGUCUUCGUACUCUGAUCCUGGGUGGAGAGUCCAUGUCGAAGAGUCAACUUUCCGUCUGGGCCGGCAAGGUCAGCCUGGUCAACGCAUAUGGGCCUAGUGAAUGCUCAGUUAUUGCGGCAGUCAACCCUAAUAUGAGUCCCUUCACGCAUCCGGCAAAUAUCGGCCGUCGGCUGGAUCGAUGCUGGAUCGUGGAUGCGCGAAAUCACCAUAGAUUAGCUCCCAUAGGCUCUGUGGGUGAGCUCCUGGUUGAGGGCCCGACCUUAGCUAGAGGAUACCUAAACAACCAGGAGAAGACAGCAGAGGCAUUCGUCAAGAAUUUGAAAUGGUCCCUGAGCGAAAACUACCAGUAUCCUGGAACAGUUUCUGGAAGAAGAAUGUACAAAACAGGCGAUCUUGUGAAGGUCUGCUCGGAUGUUACUGGUGAGAUGAUAUUCCUUGGACGAAGAGAUACUCAAGCCAAGGUAAAUGGUCAGCGACUCGAGCUGGACGAAGUUGAGCAUUACCUGAACGCAGACAGUGCUGUUCAACACGUUUUAGUUGCGCUACCCAAAUCAGGCUGCUGUGCCAAACACUUGGUGGCGGCGCUCUCAUUGAAAGAACUUGCCACGAACAUUUCUACAGACGGGCUCGAGAUCGUUUCAUGGGACGUAGCAUCUCAAUUCCUUCUAAACGUCCAGGAGCGGCUUAGAGAUCACCUUCCAGCUUACAUGAUUCCCUCAAAAUGGGUCGUUCUACGCCAGUUACCCCUGCUACCUUCCGGUAAGCUGGAUCGGAGGCAGAUUGUCAGCUUUGUUGAGGAGAUGAACGAUGAGGCUCACGCAAAGAUAUCUGUCGCCAAAGACACCGCAAAGAACCCGCAUGCUUCUACCAUAGAGCGACGGCUUCAGGCAAUUUGGGUCCAUGUUCUGAACCUUACUCCGGAUCUGGUAGGGCUUAGUCAGUCUUUCUUGCACCUUGGCGGUGAUAGUAUCUCGGCCAUGCAGGUCAUGGCGAGGUGCCGAUCAGAAGACAUGGGUGUAACGGUGCAGGACAUCAUUCGAAGCAAAUCCAUCUCAGACCUCGCGUCACGAGUGAGGCUUCCAGAGCAGGUUACAUAUGAAGGUGAAGAUGCUCACGAGUUCGACCUAUCUCCUAUACAGCAGCUUUACUUCAGUUGUGUAGGGAGCAACUGGGCGCAAUUUAAUCAGAGUGUCUUGCUGCGUUCGUCGCGUAAGAUAUCCUCUGAAGAAGUCACAAGCGCUUUCAACGCCAUCGUGAAGGCGCAUUCCAUGUUGCGGGCACGCUUCAGAAAAGACGGAAUGGGCAAUUGGAGACAGCGGAUCACCACUGAUAUUUCUGGAUCAUACCGAUUCCGAGUUCGUAAUGUCAGUACGACUGCUCGCAUGAAAUCUUUCAUGGAGGACAGCCAAAAGAGUCUCGAUAUCCUCAAAGGGCCCGUGGUUGCUGUGGACCUAUUCAAUUAUGGCUCCUCAGAUACCCAGUUGUUCAUUGCGGCGCAUCAUCUGAUUGUCGAUCUGGUCUCGUGGCGUAUAAUUCUAGAAGACCUGGAGGACUUAAUCAACUUGGGAACUUCAAAAGCUCAGGGAUCCUUACCGUUCCAAGCUUGGUGCCGACUACAAACAGAGAAUGCUCAGCAACAGAAUGCUAAGCAGGUGCUCCCGUGCAAAGGGGCGCCAGUGGCAGACCUGGACUACUGGGGAAUGAUGGAUAAGCCUAACGUCUAUGGUGAUGUGGUGAGUGAGGAAAUCGAGCUUGACCGUGAAACAACCACAAUGUUGCUCGCGACUUGCCAUCAAUCUCUUCAGACAGAUUCUGUAGAUGUUCUGCUUGCAGCAAUACUUCAGUCAUUCCGCCACACGUUCCCAGGCCGCGAAACGCCGCCAGCAAUUUACAAUGAAGGCCAUGGUCGCGAGCCUUGGGACACGAAGCUCGAUUUGUCUCGUACAGUAGGUUGGUUUACAACUCUAUGCCCGGUCUAUUUACCAAGAGAAGCCAGUAUGGAUAAUAAUUUGGUCACUGCCAUCAAAUGGGUGAAAGACUUCCGAAGACGGUCGCCAGAGAAGGGAAGGUCGUACUUCGCCUACCGCCUCCUCACAUCAGAAGGUAGAGAUCAUUUUGGUAACCACUGGCCUAUGGAGGUGGCCUUUAACUAUCUAGGUCAAAUGCAGCAGCUUGAGCGAACCGAUUCAUUACUACGCCUUGUUGAUGGAGGACAGUCUGUCAAUAGUCUAUCCGACAUUGGCAAGGGUGUUCCUCGCUUUGCUCUCAUCGAAAUCUCAGCGGCUGUGGCAGAGGGGCGCAUGAAACUCUCUUUCAGCUACAACAAGCAGAUGAAACACCAGUCCAAAAUCGCUGCAUGGAUGGCUCAGUGUCAAGACUUGCUUCGACAAGCCCCCAACAACUUGACGCAGCACAAAGUUGAACGUACCUUAAGCGACUUCCCGCUUCUGCCGCUAACAUAUCAUGGCCUGGGAAAGUUGGUGGAGAGGCUGCCAGAAAUCGGUGUCUCUUCACUCGAGGAGGUUGAAGAUAUUUACCCAUGCUCUCCUAUGCAGAGAGGCAUACUGCUCAGUCAAAUGAAAGACCCUCAAAAAUAUGCCUACCAGUCCGUGUUCGAAGUGCAAUCCUCUCAAAAGGGACGCCUCGUUGACCUCGACAGACUAGAACGGGCUUGGCGGGGAGUUGUUCAGCGCCACACUACACUGAGGACAGUUUUCGUUGACAGCGUGGGCCAAGAAGGCUUAGUGGAUCAGGUCGUCAUCAGACAAGCAGAGGCCAGAACAGCAAGACUUGAAUGCUCCGACGCGGAUGUUCAAAGUGUCCUAGCAGACCUCCGACCCCUUAACUUAGCCGACAAACAGCCUCCUCAUAGGCUCGCGUUCUGUGAAACGUCGACAGGGCGAAUCUUUUGCAAGCUCGAGAUAAGUCAUGUCAUCUCUGAUGGCUCUUCCAUGCCCAUCCUUCUUCGUGAUCUUGCCGAAGCCUAUGCGGGAAAUGUAGAAGUGGUGGGCAAGACCAGGUCUCGUUACAGCGAUUAUAUCGCGUAUCUCCAAUCUAUCCCUCGAGAAGAAGGCCUCAACUAUUGGAAAGAGUAUCUUGCUGAUGUCGAGCCAUGUCUAUUCCCUGCACUUGUCGACGGGGCGACGGAACCGUCAAGAAUUCUCGGAUCACAUAUUUUCAAUUUAGAGCAAGCAUCCGACUUGCAUGCGUUCUGUGAAAGCUCAGGGGUGACACUUUCUAGCAUGUUACAGCUGGUUUGGGCUCUGGUGGUUCGGUGCUACACUGGAUCCGAUGAAGUCUGCUUUGGCUACCUGGCUUCAGGUAGAGAUAUGCCGGUUGAGGGUAUAGAGGAUGCUGUUGGGGCAUUCAUAAACAUGCUCAUCUGCCGUAUCAACCUGGAAAGUACCCUUGAGCUUGGUGAGGCUUUGGAUAAGGUCCAGAUGGACUUUUUCAGCAGCAUGAAGCACCAGAGCUGCUCGUUGGCCGAGGUUCAACACGAACUCAACCUCUCCGGCACUUCUCUCUUCAAUACUGCCUUCACUUAUCAGAAACGUUCAAAUACGCAACAGAAGUCGGAACCUGCGCUUCUCUAUGAUAUUGUGGAAGCACAUGACCCUAGCGAGUACAGUAUUGCUGUCAAUGUUGAAGCCACGGACUCCUCGGUGGAGAUUCACUUCAGCUAUUGGACGAAUACUUUAUCACAUGCGCAAGCGAAGAACAUUGCCAGUACCUUCGAACAAGUCCUGAAGAGUCUCGUUCAAAAUGAGCAGGGAGAGCGAACUGUCGGAGAUCUGGACUUUUUCAGUGAACAUAGCUGCAUGCAAGUAUGCGGUUGGAACAAGAACUUACCGCCAAAGGUUGACAAAUGCGCUCACGAACUCAUUGAACGGCAAGCAUUCCUGCGUCCACUUUCCACCCCAGCAGUAUGUGGAUGGGAUGCGAACUUCACCUAUACCGAAUUGGAGGCAAUUACGACGCGCGUGGCAAGGCACCUUGCAGGUCUCGGGGUUGGCCCAGAAACGUACGUGCCUCUAUGCUUUGAGAAGUCCGCCUGGGCAAUAGUUGCACAACUCGGUGUUUUGAAAGCUGGUGGGGCGUUCGUGCCGCUCGACCCAUCCCAUCCUGAGAGCCGAUUGAAACAUCUUGUGGAUGAUGUGGGCGCUAAAUUUGUGCUCUGUUCACCAAAGUACAAAGAGAAGGCUUCUAAAGUGGCCAAGAUGAUCUUCAUUGUGGAUAAAAAGACCAUCAGCCAACUAUCUAAUUUGCCAGUAACACCGCCUUCAUCUAGCGCCAGGCCAUCUGAUCCAGCCUACGUGAUCUUCACUUCAGGCACAACUGGACUUCCAAAGGGCACAGUUAUCGAGCAUGCAUCACUCAGCACGAGUGCUUUAGCAAACAGCGAAGCACUGUUUAUGCGCUCCAACUCCCGCGUUCUCCAGUUCGCCAGCUACACCUUCGACGCCAGCAUUAUGGAGAUACUCUGGACGUUGCUUGUGGGAGGUUGCGUCUGUGUACCGAGCGAUGAGGAUAAGAUGAACGACCUUCCGGGGGUGAUAAGAAAGAUGGGAGUUACUUGGGCAUGUUUGACACCAUCUGUGGCCAGUACGCUUAACCCCAAAACUGUUUCAAGUCUGAAGGUCAUUGCAAGCGGAGGAGAGGCUAUGCCGGUUGGGUACAUUGAAAGAUGGGCUGACACUGUAGCGAUCGUCAACGCAUAUGGCCCCACAGAAUGCUCAGUCGUCGCGACGACGGGCAUCAAGUCUGAUGAACGUGGAAACAAGGUCAACGAAGACCGUGCCAGUAUUGGAACCGCCAAGGGUGGCCGAUCUUGGAUUAUCGAUUCACGCAACUUCAACCGCCUUGUGCCAGUCGGCGCGGUCGGUGAGCUUGUCAUUGAGGGUACUGUUGUCGCCCGUGGGUACCUCAACAAUGAGAAGAAAACCGCCGAAGUCUUCGUAGGGAAUCCCGAAUGGGCGAAAAGACCGGGCCUUUCUAGCGUGCUCUACAGUCAGGAGCGUAUGUAUCGCACCGGCGACCUCGUCCGAUACAACUUGGACGGAACGAUUUGCUACCUUUCCCGCAAGGAUACACAAAUAAAAUUAAACGGCCAACGUAUCGAGCUCGGCGAGAUUGAGUAUCAGUGCGAGAAGAGCCUUCUAGAUGGAGCACAAUCAGCAGUUGACUUAGUCGUGCCGACCAGCCAGGUCGCAACGAAAGCGCUGGUAGUAUUCUUUAGCCUACCCACGGACGAUGAUGAGAGGGGGCUCAUCAGGCGUGAAACCGCUGCCACAGAUGAGCUACUGUUACAGAUGGACGAUUCGAUCCGACACCUCGCAAAGAGUUUAGAGGUCUCGCUGGCCCAGGUUUUACCGACUUACAUGAUUCCGCAACUCUUCGUUCCAGUGUCGAAGAUGCCCUGGCUGAGUUCUGGGAAACUUGACCGCAAGAGACUGCGCGAAUCAUUGCAGUCGCUCUCGCAAGAAGCCACAGCUCCGUACAGACUCGCGACCCCGGGAACUAAGCGCAGCCCUCGUACAGAUAUGGAGAAAAAGCUGCAGAAGUUAUGGGAGAAAGUUUUGAAGCUUGCUCCGAGUUCCGUCCAGGCCGAGGACAACUUCUUCCGACUUGGUGGUGAUUCUCUUGCUGCUAUGAGUCUUGUUGAAGAAGCCCGCUCACAGGGCAUCGCUCUAAAGGUCACGAACAUCUUCAAGCUGCCCAAACUGUCCGACGUGGCCAAAACGUGUGAGUCGUUACAAGGAGAUAGUGUUGAGGAGUCGGGGCCUUUCUCUUUGCUGCAAAGCUCAGAGCCUGUGGACCAAAUUAUCCAAGAACUCGCAGAUCAAUGUCGUGUAGACCAGGGCUUGGUUCAGGACUUGUACCCAAGCAGCUCCUUGCAGGAGAGCCUCAUCACCCUUACAGUAAAACAACCUGGAGCGUAUGUGGCUCAGAACGUCUUUCGACUUUCUCCCGGUGUUGAUAUCGAUCGAUUCAAGGUGGCAUGGCAGAAGACGGUUGAUGAUUUGGAUACCCUCCGUACUCGCAUUGUUCACACUGCCUCUUCUGCCUUUCUGCAACUGGUUAUCAAAGAGGAACGCAUCGUCUGGCACACCGGAGACGAUCUCCAGGCUCUUUCUAACGAGACGCAGCAUAUUCCACCACACAAUGGCGGACCACUUACAAGGUACACGAUCAUCCAUGACAACAGAUCUACAGACCGCUACUUUGUCUGGGCAAUUCAUCAUGCUCUUUAUGACGGCUGGAGCCUUCCGCUUGUUCUUAACCGGGUUGAAAGCGCAUAUCUCGGCGAGGUCCAGAGUCAACCUAAAAGUUCUUACGCCAAAUUCAUCCAAUAUCUCCUGAAGGGCGAUGUCAAGGCUUCAGAUCAGUUCUGGAGAUCUCAUCUGGCGGGGGUAUCUUCCAUGCACUUUCCACAGGUGCCCCAUACCGUCGCAGCACAGGCACCAAGGACGCGGACGUUAUCGCACCGCGCAAAUAUCAGUCGAAAAGAUAUAAGCCCUGAUAUUACGGUUGCUACCCUCAUUCGCGCUGCUUGGACCACCCUUCUAGCCGCAUACUCAGGAUCCGAAGACAUCGUGUUUGGAGAGACAUUGAGCGGAAGAAACGUCAACGUACCCGACAUAGUGAACAUUGUCGGUCCAACCCUUACGACUGUCCCUACCAGGAUCCGGAUGGAUCGUAGCUCAACUGUAAUCCAAUUCUUGCGAGGAGUACAUCAGAUGGCCGCGGACAUCAUACCACAUCAACACCUGGGUUUGCAGCAUAUCAGACGCCUCGAUGAGGAUACCGCCAUCGCUUGUGACUUUCAGAAUUUGCUGGUGAUACAGACAGCGGAAGGUGGGACGUCUGAGGGCUUGUGGGAGUUACAAAGUGGUGGUUCCGCGGACAACUUCUUCACCUACCCGCUUGUGGUCGAAUGCUGGGCAGCUCACGACGAGAUUAAGGUCAUGAUUUACUACAACGAGAACGUGAUGUUGAGCUGGCAGGUGCAAAGGUUGCUCUAUCAGUUCGAAGCCGUAUUAAAGCAACUGAGCGCUGCUUCCAAGAGCAACAGCACAGAACUGAGCCAGGUGAACGUGUUCAGCCCUGAAGAUCAAGAAACGGUUCAAAAAUGGAAUCACAUGAAGCCGCAACUAGUCGACGAAUAUAUUCAUGAACUCUUUAAGCAGAAGGCCCUUUCGCAGCCUCUAUCCCAAGCUGUCUGUGCUUGGGAUGGUGAUCUCACCUACCAGGAGGUCUACGAUCAUGCAUCUCGCUUGGCGCUCUACCUGGUGACGCUCGGUGUAGGGCCAGAAAUAUUUGUGCCAAUUUGCAUGGAUAAAUCUGCCUGGACUGUCGUCGCCAUCCUCGGGAUUCUCAUUGCAGGAGGUACUUUCUGUCCGUUAGAUCCAGCACAUCCCAUAUCUCGGCAUCAAGAGAUUUUGGAAGAGCUCAACACGAUCACAAUUCUCUGUUCCCCUGCAUACACUGGCAGGUACUCUGGUAUUAUCGAGAAAAGGGUUUCCAUUGACAAGAAUAUGAUUCUCGGCCUUUCACCACUCUAUCUUCCCAACCAAAUUCCUUUAGGCGCAUCCACCACUGACGCCGCCUAUGUCAUAUUCACCUCGGGAAGCACUGGCCGGGCAAAGGGCGUUGUCAUUGAACAUCGAGCCUUUUGCAGCAGUUCUGCUGCCUUUGGGAAGGCUAUGCUUAUGAAACCUGACUCCCGCGUGUUCCAGUUUGCUUCUUUGACGUUCGAUGCAGCUGUUAUGGAAAUUCUGACCACGCUGACGUUUGGAGGCUGCAUUUGUAUUCCGCUUGAAGAAGAGCGGCUCAGAGAUCCUGCGGGAGUUAUGCAUAAAAUGGGGGUUACAUGGACUUGCCUGACACCUUCUGUCGCUAACCUCAUCGAGCCUUCGACAGUUCCCUCCUUAGAGGUGCUGGCCUGUGGUGGAGAAGCUAUGCCUACGGAGGCUGUCACAAAGUGGGCAAAGCAUGUAACAUUACUGAAUGCUUACGGACCUGCCGAAGCUUCUGUUGUCGCCGUUGUCAAUGCAAGAAUAUCAGUCGAUAAAGAUCCUUCAUGUAUUGGAUAUGGAACGGCCGCGACGCGUGCUUGGAUCGUGGAUGCCGCACACCAUGACAGGCUGGCCCCGGUGGGAGCUGUUGGCGAGCUCGCUUUGGACGGCCCAACGCUCGCCCGUCAAUAUCUCAAGAACCCGGAGAAGACGAGGGAAGUAUUCGUUGACAACCCUGCUUGGGCUUCCAACUUCAAGUCUGGCGCAAAAAGGAUCUACAGGACGGGAGACCUGGUGAGAUACACUCCCAGCGGAGCCUUGGAUUUCAUUGGCCGCAAAGAUAACCAAGUAAAAUUGAAUGGCCAACGCAUGGAACUUGGAGAGAUUGAAAAUCGCCUCGAUGCCGACUCACGGAUCCGCCAUGCUCUGGUUGUGAUGCCUAAAACCGGUCCCUGCAAGAAGCAUCUCGUCGCUAUCCUCUCUUUAAGCAGCUUGUAUAGUGAACGCACAACUCUCUCGGCCGCCAAAUGUGUGCUCGUCCAGGAAGCAGCCCCCUUGAAGCAAGCGCGGAAGGAAUUGACAGAGAUACAAAACCGGCUCUCUGACCUAUUACCUCAUUACAUGAUACCACAAACUUGGGUGGUGGUUGAGGACGUCCCAAUAAUGGUCUCAGGCAAGCUGGACCGCAAACAAGUCGCCGCUUGGAUCGAAAGUCUGGAUGAGAAAGAAUAUGAAGUGAUUAUGGGCGUCGACAGUGAAGUUGAGAGCGCCAUUGAGGUAACAGGGACUACCAAAGUGUUGCAGGGUAUCUGGGCCCGCGUUCUCAACAUCCCGAUUGAGAAAGUAAAAUCCAACCAAUCAUUCCUAAGCUUAGGUGGUGAUAGUAUCACGGCUAUGGCUGUCAUGGCUCGGUGUCGCAAGGAGAAGAUCAAUCUCUCUCUUCAGGACGUCCUCCAAAGCAAGUCGAUUGUUCAACUUGCGCUUCGAAGUGGAUCUGCCGAGGACGCUCCGCAACAGGAGGAAAAAGUCGAAGAAUUGUUUGCUCUUUCUCCAAUCCAACAGAUGUACUUCCAGUCUGCUACCAGCUAUCAAGGACAGGCUCGUUUCAAUCAGAGCUUCUCACUGCGGAUCACUCGACAGACAGAGGCACAUGAGAUAAAACGUGUGAUCGAGUCGAUCAUUAAUCUGCAUUCGAUGCUGCGAGCAAGAUUUAGCAAGGACAAACUUGGAGUCUGGCAGCAGCGAAUUACCCAGGACAUCACUUCAUCAUAUCGCUACACAGUACACAACGUCGAUGCUAUUGAUCAAAUUGCACCUUUAGCCGCACGCACCCAAGGAAGUCUUAACAUUCAGCAUGGCCCACUUUUCGCUGCGGACCUUUUCAACGUCAGAGGUGACAAUCAAAUGAUCUUUUUGACGGCUCACCAUCUUUGCGUGGAUAUGGUGUCCUGGCGGAUCAUUCUGCAAGAACUCCAGGAAUUCCUCGAAACCGGGUCUCUGACAGCUGGAAAACCGCUGUCAUUCCAGACUUGGUGUAAAAUGCAGGCGGAGCAGAGCCAGAAGCAGUCCUUCAAAGACCUCCUCCCAUUCCAUGUGAUGUCUGCUGACUUAGCAUAUUGGGCCAUGGAGGGUCAACGGAACACGUACAGUGAAGUAGAGAGCAAAACAUUCGUUGUCGAUGAGGCGCUCACAGCCUUAGCCAUGGGUGACUGCCACAAAGCACUUCAGACCGAGCCUUUGGACCUUUUGCUUUCCACAGUUGCCCAUUCGUUCAGUCGCACAUUUGCCGAUCGGGCCACUCCAACGCUUUACAAUGAAAGCCAUGGACGUGAGAAUCCCAACGUCGAUCUUUCCAGGACAGUAGGCUGGUUUACCAGUCUAUGUCCAAUCCACGUCUCUGUCGACCUAGGCAACAAAGGUCAAGAUGAUGUUUUCACCACGUUGAAACGAAUGAAGGAUACCAGGCGCCGUAUCCCAGAAAAUGGCAGGCCAUACUUCGCACACCGAUUCCUGACUCCCGAGGGCCGGGCCAAAUCUGGCGACUCUGGGGCUCCGGUUGAGAUAGCCUUCAACUAUUUGGGUAGAAUGCAACAGUUAGAGCGGGAUGACUCUUUGCUUCAACAGAUUGACUUCGUGAAGAACGAUGCGGAUGCCAAGAUCAUGGGAGACGUGGGACCAGACACGGCUCGAAUUGCCCUCUUUGAAAUUUCCGCAAUGGUCAGGGACGGCAAGCUUGAAUUCUCAUUCAUGUACAAUCGCGCUGUACGGCGGGCUGGGGACGUUCCUCGCUGGGUGGCGGAAUGCAAGAGGACUUUGGAAGAAACUGUUCGGCGGCUGGCACACACAGCUCCUCAGCCAACCCUUAGCGACUACCCCUUGAUGCCAAUAAGUUAUGACGAGUUGCGGAAGCUUGUCAAGGAUACUUUUCCAGAUGCUGGCAUUAAGCAGUGGAAUGAGGUAGAGGACGUCUACCCGUGCUCAUCCGUGCAAGAAGGAAUAUUGUUCAGUCAGCUCCGGGACCCAGACACCUAUCUCUCCAACGUCGUAUACGAAGCAAAACACAGCAAUCCAGGAUUGCGUCUAAGUGCAGAAAAGAUCGGGAAAGCGUGGCAAAAGGUGGUGAACCGACAUGCAGCUCUCAGGACCGUCUUUAUCGACAGCGUAUAUCGCGGUGGGGCCUUCGACCAAUUAGUGGUGAAGAAUGUGGACAGUGGAGUGAUAUACAUCGAAUGCGACGAUGCCGACGUCACCAGAAGGCUUGAGUCUAUCAGCAUCAGGGAGACGAGCUACAAGAAACAACCUCGGCUGCCGCAUCAACUUACUGUGUGCACUACUUUUAGUGGGAAAAUGUUUAUCAAGGCAGAGAUCAACCACGCAGUCGUAGACGGCGGUUCGAUCUCCAUUCUUUGGCGAGAUUUGACGAUAGCAUACGAAGAUCGCCUUGAAGAUGGACCCGGGCCCCUGUACAGUGACUAUAUCCGGUACAUCAGGAGUCAAGCACCGGGAGCAGAUGUGCGCUUCUGGACAACUUAUCUGAAGGGUGUUUCGCCCUCCUAUUUCCCGCAGCUCAAUCUCGAUACCUCGAGCGAAAAGCGCCUUGCAUCCGUCCAGAUGGAGUUCAACAAAUUCCCUGAACUGCAUGAGCUCUGCGAGAGGACAAAGGUCACGCUUGCGAACGUUAUGCACGCCGCUUGGGCUCUGGUGCUGCGGACCUACACUGGGUCUGAUGAUGUUUGCUUCGGUUACAUCACAGCCGGCCGGGAUGCUCCCAUCAACGGCAUACAGGACACCAUUGGUAUUUUUAUUAAUAUGCUCUGCUGUCGGCUUACAUUUUCGCCCACCUCAACGCUGGCCGAAGUCUUUCACAGAGUUCAGGACGAGUACCUCGAAAGUCUGCCAUAUCAGCGCUGCUCAUUAGCUCAAGUCCAGCAUGACCUUGGAAUGGCCGGAAAGCCGCUGUACAACACCUCCGUUUCCAUCCAAAAUCACUCUCGCUCCAGCGACGCUGUGGAGGAGACCAUUAUUUUGGAGCCAACCAGUGCAUAUGACCCCAGCGAGUAUGUCAUGACAGUAAAUGUUGAAACCGAACGGAAUGAAGAAGGCGUCAUGUUCAGAUAUUGGACCCAUAAGGUGACUGAUGAGCAAGCCGCCCAAGUGGCCCAUACUAUGGCUGAGGUGUUGGACAAUUUUAUCAGCCGGUCAGCCCAGACUAUUGCAGAGCUGGAUAAUCCCAAGGAACAGACACAGUUACAAGCUGUCGUCGACUCACAGCCUAACCCACAGCCCACUAGUACCCAACUCACAACCGUUCAGAACCAAGUUAUCGUCCAAUCACAGCCGCAACCACAGACUAUUCAUGCCCUUCACACAACUAUUCCGAACCAGGUCACUGAACCGCCUGUUUUGGAUCACCACCAUACAACUUUUCCGGAUCAAGUGCUCCAACAGCCCAUUCUGGAUCAUCCUACAACUACUCAGGAUCAAGUACUCCAACAGCCCAUUCUGGGCCAUCAUACAACUGUUCAGGAUCAGGUGCUCCAACAGCCCAUUCUGGAUCAUCAUAUAACUGUUCAGAAUCAGGUUUCUCAAGAGCCCAUCCUGAACAACAACGCUGCACUGAAGAAAGUAGUCAGUGAAUGUGUUCAACAGGUUAUCGAAAGCAUGUUCGAGUCCGGGGUUCUCCUUCGGCGCAAUGCUGAGAUAUCGUCAGAGCUCUCGAACGAGCGCCAACUUGCUCUGAUUAGCGAUGGAUCUGAAGACCAUUACCCUUUGCCCAACGACCAGCCAAUCGAAGUUGAGCGCUACCUUUUUGCCGGAAGCGAGAUUAGCAGACGACGUUCCAUAGCUACACAGAAAAGCAAGCGAGGACGGUCAGCCGCAAUGGAGAAGAAACUGCGGUUAGCAUGGAGUUUGAUGCUUGACAUGCCUGAAGACUCGAUAUCAGGCGAGGACAGCUUCUUUGAGCUAGGCGGAGAUAGCAUUACAGCCAUGAAGCUAGUGGGAGCAGCUCGUGACGAAGGCUUAGCUCUCACGGUAGCUGACGUUUUCCGUCACCCCACGUUCGAAGACAUGGCUGCAAUCAUCCGGGUAGCAAGUAUGAUGAGUACCUACCUCACGAAUGCCGACCUUAACGAAUACAAUGAGUACAAUGCGCAGAGCAACGGCAUUCAUCAUGUGCCAGCAAGCGAGCUCUAUGAAAGAUUCUCCCUCGUCAAGGCGAGCAACAUUAAUGCCUUUCUCCAGAGCAAUAUCUGUCCAAAGGUCGGAGUAUUUAAAGGCGGCAUUUCAGAUGUGCUUCCGGUCACUGACUUCCAGUCUUUGGCUAUUGCAGGAACCCUCCUGGAGUCAAGGUGGAUGUUGAACUACUUUUACCUAGAGGGUGCCUGUGCUCUGGACUUGAGACUCUUGAAGCAGAGCUGCUUCAGGCUUGUCCAGGCUUUUGACAUUCUGCGGACGGUUUUCUUAGCUUCCGGCGACCGCUUCUUGCAAGUCGUGCUUCGUAAGCUGCGGCCGGAAUUCCAAGUGUUUGAGACUGAACAGAGUCUAGAAGAUUUCACAGCGAUGCUACAACAGAAAGACCGGGAUCAAGGGCCUCGGCUAGGGGCGCCUCUUGUUCAAUUCACCGUUGCGAAACAGAAGGAUAGCAACCGUCAUCGGAUAUUUAUCCGCAUUUCGCAUGCUCAGUAUGACGGUGUUUGUCUCCCAAGAAUCCUGGCUGCGCUUCAGAGUGGAUACCGAGGUGAACCAAUAUCUGCGACCCCAUCUUUCGCCAACUAUGUGCGUGCAUCAGCAGGAACCGUCACAUCGGAUCAUUAUCAACACUGGAAGAGGCUCCUCAAAGGUUCGUCUAUGACCGAGGUUGUGCGCCGCAAUGGACCAAAUUAUCGCAGAUCCGCCGGAGCCACAAUGACCCUGAAACAAAACAUUCAUCUUCCACCUGUGGCUCACGGUAACAUCACCGUCGCAACAGUCGUUAAAUCUGCCUGGGCCUUGGUCUUGGCUCAACUCUCAGCUCAGUCAGACGUGGUGUUCGGACACACCAUCAGUGGGCGGAACGCCGCAGUCGCCGGAGUCGAAAACAUCGUCGGACCUUGCGUCAACGUGGUCCCAGUGAGAGUCCAAUUCGAACCACACUGGACAGCGCUCGACCUGCUUCGCCAUGUCCAAGACCAACAAGUCGCCAAUAUGCCAUACGAAGCGCUUGGCUUCCGGGAGAUGACGAGACAUUGCACCGAGUGGCCUGCCUGGAGCAAUUUCCCUACCAGCGUACAGCAUCAAAAUAUCGACCAAGACAGGGAGAUGCAGCUCGGUGGAAAUACCUACAGACUCGGCGCCGUUGGCACUGAUGAAGACUUUUCCGAUUUCUUGGUUGUCUCUACUCCGCUCGGGGAAGCCGACCAGGUGGAAAUCGCACUUUCCUUCUCCCUGACCGGUGCAAUCACCACAGAUUUCGCAGAAAAGGUUCUGGGCAUGAUUUGCACUAACGCAGAGAACUUUUCCGCAACCCCAUGCACCACGUUGCCUUCACCCACCGAACUUUGUAGCCUCCCCUGCCAGACAGUCGACGACGUGACCACAGAUUCGGAUGAGCUCUUCCAGACCACACAGCUGCAAAAUCUCACCCGUGCAGAGAUGCUCGUCCUCAGCGACAUCUUUUCACGCGCGUGGCGUCAAGUCUUACGAGACGACAAGGGCGAAAGCAAUUGCGAGAACCUGCACCUCGAGGCCUCGUUCUUCGAUCUCGGUGGUGACAUCAUGGGACUCGCUCAAGUAGCAUGGAUCCUUGAGCAAGAAGGCUUCAGAAUCCGACUGGAAGAUCUGAUUGAUCAUCCCACUAUGCUUGGCCAGAUGGCCGCGUUGACUUUGUAUAAUGCGAGUGCGAGGCAGAAGGAAACGCAAACGACCUCUAGUCCGGUUGUGGGCAGUGAGACGGAGGAGGGUAAGCGUGCCCAAUUGAACAAAGCGGGAAGGAGCAAGACGUUUGUCAAGGCGGUUGGUUUGGCCAGAAGGAUGGUCCGGAAGAAUAUGAGGACUACAUAG